AUGGAGAUGAAACAAGCAAUAAAUUUUAAAAUUGUCGGUGGAAGUGCUGCAAAUAUUCUGAAUUUUCCAUUUCAAGUUGUUUACUAUAGCAACAAUGAUUUCGUAUGUUCAGGAAGUCUAAUCUCGCCAUUAUUUAUUCUAACUGCAGCACAUUGUACAUAUUUUUUUCCAUCACAAAUAACUGUGCGUCUUGGUUCCUCAUACCGUCAACAUGGUGGAAUUAUGGUUAAUGUUACAAAAUACUACGCACAUCCUCAAUAUAAUUCAAGAACUUUUGAUUUUGACUUUGCACUUUUAAGACUCAACAAUUCAGUUAAAUAUUCGAAUUACAUCCAACCAGCAAUGUUACCAACCAGAAGUACAACUUUAAACGUUGGUACAAAUUGUACAGUUUCUGGUUGGGGUCUUCAAAGCUUCAAUGACAUUGAAGAUCCUCCAAAUGAACUGAUGAUGACAACUAUCCAGAUUUCCGAUUUUAAAUACUGUCAGUCUCAGUAUGGGAAUUCAAAUCAGAAUAUAACGGAUCGUAUGUUAUGUGGUUCGGUACCUGAUGGAACUCGAGACGCAUGUUUAGGUGAUUCGGGUGGACCACUAGUAUGUAACGGAACUCUUUGUGGAGUAAUAUCUUUCGGAUAUGGUUGUGCUAUGAAAGAAUAUCCAGGAAUCUAUAGUAAAAUUCCAUCCGCCCUGAAUUGGAUAAAAAGAAUAGCUGGAAUAAAAUAACAAAUCUUUUUAUUGUUUACUCAAAUAAGUGUUUUGUAUUUAAUAAAUUUUAAAGUUUGCUGGUUAUCAAUUGCUUAAAGAAAAACAAUUUUUUUAUAGUAUUUUACUCUAAUUAUG